UUGUCCGGAACUUUCCCCCCUGAAAUGUUAAAACCCUCCCUGAUAGUUUUUAGGGUUUAGGGACCGUAGCAAUUUUCGAAAAUAGACCCGCCGUUAGCAGGAAGGCAAGAAAGCGAAAGCAUCUUUAAUUUUGGGAUUUAGGAUUUUAUAUUUGGUCUUGGAUUAUCGAUUAUGUGGCCUGGAGCUGGGUUGAACUUGAGAUGGAAUAUCCGGCGAUUUUGUACGGUGGCAACUCGCCGUGUUCUGGACGAGGGUGACUGGCUUUAUUCGUCGGAGUGGUGGGGUACGGAUUCCGAUGGCCAUACCGUUCUACGUUCUACUUCCGAUAAAGGAAACGGCGUCGUCUCAGUCCUCGCUUAUCCUUCUUCUAGACCUAAUGAGAUUCACUGGCCAGAAACUGAGAAAUGGCUUCAGCAAAGUUAUGCCCAGAUACAUCCAGGUCAAGAACACAAUGUACGUUUCCGGAUACUUGGAUAUCAGUGGCGCACACUUCGCUUUAAUGAUGAUACACGCCAAAGCACUGCUAAAGUGAUGGCAGCUUACCAACAAUCAGAACCUAAUUCUAUAUUCCUAAUGCAGCAGGCACAUUGUUUAGCUGUUCCAUAUCUGAAAAGCAUGGUGUCUGUUGGGAUGACUACUAUAGCAUCCUGUAAUUAUGACUUUGUGGAUGCUGUAUAUGGGAAGAAACAAAUGCGCAUUUUAUGCAUUGGUCAUGGUGGGGGAAGCUUACCAUUGUUUCUGGCUAGCAAAAUUCAAGGUGCUGUCAUCGAUGUGGUAGAAAUUGAUCCUCUUGUUAUAUCUGCUUCUAUCCAAGCAAUGGGUUUUCCAGCUUUCUCAGUUAUGUCCUCGUCAGGUCAGCGAGCUUUAUCAAAACCUGACAUAAUCGAUGAAAUAAUGUGGAGAGGCAUCCAUGAGAGGCUUUAUCUCUAUGAAUCAGAUGCUGAGAAGUUUGUCCUCAACAACUGCAGCAAUAUAUAUGAUAUGAUUUUUAUCGAUGCUUAUGAUGGUGAUGACAUCUUCCCACGCAAGUUAUGGGAUGCUGAUUCCCCUUUUCUCCAAGCACUAAAUAAACGGCUGCAUCCUGAGCAUGGCACUGUUGUGGUGAACCUUCAUGCAGAUUAUGAAGCCUUGAGUCCAAAUCCAUCUGCUUCAUAUUUUUAUCAACAACUUCUGCCAAUGAGUAUGCAAGUUCCCAAAGUUUGCCGAGCAUACAAGGAUGUUCUUGUGGGAAAUGGAAAUUAUGGUGGUGGGAAAGAAGGUUCAGGUGGUUUUGUAUUCACUGUUUCAGUUCCUUGGGUGUGUAAUACGUCAAUGGUUGUAUGCAGAGGUUUAGGGAUGAAUAAUAGAAACUAUAGUAGGGAUUCCAUUGCUAGUACUGUGAUAUCUAAAUCCCUUGAAGUGGAAAAUAUUCUGAACCUACCAUUCUCAUGCUUGGAGUAUAUAAAGAGAGAUUUUACCCUUGUUGAUUGAUCUUA